GAGAGAGCGAGGACGGACCUGAACUGCGACAAGAAACUCAUAUCAAUUAAUAAUCAUAGAAGAGAGAGAGGGAGAGAGAGAGAGGGAGAGAGAGAGAGAGAGAGGAGCUGGCAGGCGCGCGGAGGAAAACUGGCAUGGUUCGUGUUGGAGGCUGGCACUAAAAACACGUCAGAUAUGAGCGCGAGAGGCUGAGGCUGCAGCGCGAGCUGACAUGAUCAUUAAGGGAGACUUAGAGCGGAUGGCACGAGACGUCGGGCAUGCAGGUGGCGGACUGAAGACGAUGCUGGAUGCCAUGGAAGUACCAAGUCAUGCUAGGGAUCUCCUCCUGCAGCUCAACAGCCAGCGAACCAAGGGCUUCCUGUGCGAUGUCAUCAUCGUGGUGCAGAACGCCCUCUUCCGAGCUCACAAGAACAUUUUGGCGGCGAGCAGCCUCUACCUGAAGUCACUGGUGGUCCAUGACAAUCUCAUCAACCUCGACCACGAGAUGGUGAGUCCGGGCGUCUUCAGGGUCAUUCUGGACUACAUCUACACCGGCCGCCUCACAGACGGAGACCCCACGUCUCCCACCGAACCCAACCUGGGCGCCGUCCUGGCAGCGGCGAGUUACCUUCAGCUGCUCGACUUGGUGGCGUUAUGCAAAAAGAAGCUGAAAAGAAACGGCAAGUACCCGCCCCGCACGAGUCCGGCCUUCCUGCCCUACCCAAAGAUGGGGCCCAACAGUAUUGGGCUACGGAGCGAUGGCAGGUACAGGCUUUCUACGCCGGUCAUCCAGCCCUGCCCUCCAGGGGGGAUUUUGAACAGCCACACACAUCGGGCGCCACCACUAGACGAGAUAGUUCCCCAUCGACUGGCCAUCCACGCCGGGGAGUUGUACGCUCCCAUCUCCGCCCAGGGCUCGCAGGUGUUCCCGUCCCUGCAGGCGGCUCUGCCCGCCCAGCUCGGGCGUUCAGCUCACGCCGAGAGGAACUGCUCCCCCAACUUUGGCCUCGAUCUGUCAAAGAAGAGCCCAGGCUCUGAGUCUCAGCACACGCCCUCUCACUCCCACCUGGCAAACGCUCACAAUGACGAGGAGCGAGACGGGACUCUGAGCGGCCGCACCAGUCCCAUGCAGGGAACAAACGGCAGAUCCUUCUCUGAAAAGAUGGAGUCCACCGACCAGGCCAGCUCCCUCACCCCUCCACCGUUCCCCCACCUCAACCAGCCUCUCGCUCCGCACCUUCCUCACCUGCACCGCUCGAGCUUGCAGGGAACAGAUCGCUACCCGUGUCCCCCCAGCCCCGAGACCCCCACGGACGGUGGAGACACGGGCAGAGAAAUGGGCAACAUCUACCGCUGGGUGAAACACGAGCCGCUGUCCUUCACGCCUGAGGAUGAGGACGAGGACGAAGACGAGGAGGAGGGCGGAGAAAACGGAGACCAGCAUCACAACCACCACAAGACCGGGGAGGAGAGCGAAGGAGCGGACGACAAGAGUGGCUCGGGGACAGAGGAGACGGGCAGCAGCGAGGGCCGCCCGUCCCCUCCUGGACCAAUGGGGAGGUUCCACAUGCCGUACGAGCCCGAGAGCUUUGGCGACAACCUCUACGUCUGCAUCCCCUGCGACAAAGGCUUCCCGAGUUCAGAGCAGCUCAACGCACACGUGGAGACGCACACGGAGGAGGAGCUGUACGGAAACUCCGGUGGCGAGAUGGGGAACAGCAAUAACAGCGGCGGCAAAAACAUGAGCAGCAACACGAACGGUUACGGGAGCCUGAGCAACAGCAACAGCCUGAGCAAUCUGUCCCACCUGGAGACCAAGUCCAGACAGGGGCUGGUUUCAGGCGGCAUCGGGGACAUGAUCCGACCGUACCGCUGCUCCACCUGCGAAAAGACCUACAAGGACCCGGCCACUCUGCGGCAGCACGAGAAAACCCACUGGCUGACGCGGCCGUACCCGUGCAGCAUCUGCGGCAAGAAGUUCACGCAGCGCGGUACGAUGACGCGCCACAUGCGCAGCCACCUGGGCCUCAAACCCUUCGCCUGCGACUCCUGCGGCAUGCGCUUCACCCGCCAGUACCGCCUCACCGAGCACAUGCGCAUCCACUCCGGAGAGAAGCCCUACGAAUGUCAGGUGUGCGGGGGAAAGUUCGCCCAGCAGCGCAACCUCAUCAGCCACAUGAAGAUGCACAGCGGCGGCGGCACGGCGGGCGGACUCACCGCCGACGGGAAACUGAAGCUGGACUUUGCGGAGGGCAUCUACCCUCUGAGUAAAUACACAGCAGACCACCUGGGGCUGAAGCAGGAGAAGGCCAACGAGCUCCUCCUCCAGGCCCAGCAGCAGCUGGUGGCGGAUGCGAAGGCCAUGGAGAGCCUCUAUCCGCUGUCCAAGCUGGCCUCGGAGCACCUGGGCCUCACCCACGACAAGAUGGACGUCCUGGGCCAAGCGCUGCCCCCUCCCCCGCAGGCGCUGUCCGAGGGGCGCACCAUUGACCGCUACUCACCCAGCUAAGACAUGUGACCCGUAUCACACACCACCAGGGCUACAUCCAUGCUACUGUGUUUUCAUCCCAAAGACAAAUCCACAUUAGUGCAUUUACACAUCGCAACACAGGGAGCAGCUUUUUAACUUUAUCACAAACUAACUCUGAGAUAAACUGCUUUAUUUUUUAAUUUUUUUUUUUCCUAAACAAUGAAUCACAAGUUGUCUUAAAGGCGCCAUACGUGAGACCAAAGAAAUGAGACAUCUGAUAUUUCCAUACGAGGACGAUCCACUUUUAACUUUAUUGUAAGCACGUUAUUUCAAACGUACGUACGUGAAAACUUUUAUUAAAAAUCUGCUUCACAGGACCCAGAGAGACUCCCCGUGACCCAUCUGUGGGUGCUGACCCAGACUUUGGGAACCACGCUGAAACACAGUGAUGAAAACACAGUCGUGUGGAUGCAGACGUUGUCUGUAAACACACACACACACACACACACACAUACGUCCAGUAUUCUAAAGCCAUUCACCUCAGCUCAGUGUCCUCCUCUGCACCUCAGACUCAGGCCGGAACAAACCGGUCUGCUCAUGCACACCAAAGACUGUAAGUGCCUUUCUAUGCAUCUAAUGUACCUUAAAAAAAACACAAACCUCUGUGCUUUUUCCACGACCAAGAGACACUCAAUCAAAGAAGUACAGUAUUUAUCUGCAGCCAAUGCAAAACACACACACACACACACACACACACACAAAAAUCAGCUUU